CACUCUGUCAUCUACGGUGCUCUAUAACAUAUAUAGGGAGAAGGGGAACAAUGCCACUUCGAAGCCUUUCUCCGGCCGUCUCCAUCUCAUCCACCCCUCCUUCACCCCGCCCUUCGUCGGGCGCGCCUCAGCACCGCCUCCGAGCUCCGCUCGUCGGGUGCCUGUGGGUUCUGAGCCUCGGCGCUUUUUCUGCGCUCGCCUUCGACAUGGGGUGCGCUCAGUCCUACCCCCGCAUUCCUUUCCUGGGGGUAAAGCCUGUUGAUAAUCGAUCUGCCAGUAGUCUUUGCUCUACUGGGAUGGAUGCAACUUCAACCACUGUUCCGUCCAUAGUUGUUUAUGUUACUGUUCCAAAUAAAGAAGCAGGCAAGAAGCUCGCUGAAAGCAUUAUCCAGGAAAAACUUGCUGCAUGUGUUAAUCAAGUGCCAGGCAUCAAAUCAGUUUACUGGUGGGAUGGCAAGGUACAAACAGACUCUGAGGAAUUACUCAUUAUAAAAACCAGGGAAUCCCUUCUUAGUGCUUUGACAGAACAUGUUCAGUCCAACCAUGAAUACGAUGUUCCUGAAGUCAUAGCUUUGCCUAUCAAUGGUGGCAAUCUCAAGUACCUAGAGUGGAUCAAGAACAGUACUCGAGAAAAUUGAUUCGCAUAGCCUUUUAUGCUACCUGUUUAUUGGAAAUAUGGAGUUUGAUUCCUGAUACCACACAGGUACAGGGCGAAUGCCUUAUGCUAAAAGCAUGCUUUCUUUCAUCAUGUUUACGAUAUCAAAAUGACAGUCAUCUGUGAUGUGUUUGGAACCAUUGAUUGUGAUGUGUAUCACUGAAUCACAAUUCAAUUCCUAUUAUUGUACAAACUUUCA